GGAUCCUCCUCCCUUUGCCGAGCAACUGGGGGGAAAGAUCUGUGUCUUUCUCAACGUUGCUGUUAGCCCCUUCCCAAAUUUAUAACCCGAAGGGAAGGGGCGAAGUCUCCUGGAACAGAAAGAGACGACCACUGCCAGUGGGAUUUCUGCACUCCCAGUCCUAUUACUUCACUUACCAGAUGUGUUAUUCUGUGGAUUGCAGUGACAUAACAUUGUGUCACUGGCCUUGAAUCUUGAUGAGAAAGCCAAAGUCCUUCCUGUUGUGCAGACUCAGCUUCUGCUCCUUGGGGAAAAUCCAGUUGUUGUGACAUUUCUCCAGUUUAAUCGGCAGACUUCUAGGGGCUUAAUUUGUGACCCGGCAGAAGCCGAGAGCCUCAUAGGGGUCCCCUGGCUUCCCACCUGAACUUCUGAUCAGCCUUUUGCUGUGCCUCUUCCUGUUGCUGGCAUGGAUCGUCCCAGAUGGCUGUCUGCCUUCCUCCUCCAUAGCCUGUUUGCCACCAUCCAGCUGUGUGAAAUCCCCAGUGGCAGGACUCAUCAGAUCAAGUCUUUGAACAAGGAGCUACUGAAACUGACAGAGGAUGCGUCCAGACAGCCAAACCCCAGCGUGUACUUGGGCCUCCGUCUUUCUGAUUACCACAUUCGAGAGAGAGAGAGCCAGUACCUCCAGCGACUGAAGGAAGUCUUCCAGCCCAGUUCCAUCAGCAUUCCAACUCCAGCCAGCGGCCAGGAGCAGCCCAAUACAGGCCAGCUGGCCCUCUACCUCUUAGCACUGCGGGCCGCAUGCCAGGACAUGGAGACAACCUUGGAGAGGCAGCUAGUGACCCAGCUUAAGUUACACCUGCAUAAAGAAAAGGGUUCUAUAGUAGCCCAUGAGAACAACGGUCGGCCUCUCACUAACUACUACCAGUAUGGAUUGGGGGUCUUGGCUUUGUGUGUCCACAACAAGAAGGUCGAUGUUCAUGUGAUCAGUAAGCUCUUGGCUGCAGAGAAGCACGGCAGAUUUGAGCACGGAAGUCAGCUGUUUGUAGACACAGAAGCGAUGGCUGGUUUAGCCUUUGUCUGCUUGGAACGAGCCACCUUCUACACACCUGAGCUGGUGGCAGAGCUCAACCAGGCAGUCGGAAGAGUGAAGAAGAAGAUCUUCCAAGCUCAGACUCCCAAUGGGACUUUUGGGAACAUCUACAGCAGCCCCCUGGCAGUGCAGUUCCUCAUUGCGGCGGGGGUGAAGAACAAGGAGCCGGAGUGCCCCAACGGCAUGGCUGCCCUGCUUGGGAAGCUGGAGGAAGGCAGCUUCCAAAACCCCCUCGUCGGGUCCCAGUUGCUGCCCGUCCUAUAUGGCAAGAGCUACGUGGACAUCGCCAGCAUGGAGUGCCGCACCGAGGAAGACAGUUUGGUGCUGGGCACCUCUGCUCCUGAGCCAAGGGUGACCUCCCAGGAUACAAAGAUCACCAUCCAUCUGAUUGUGAAACGUCCACCACGUAGUUUGCCAUUGUACAAUGAUUUCGUCCGAGUUCCUGCCGGCUCCUCCUUGCUAGACGUGCUGAAAGCUGCCGAGAAAUGGAGCUUCAAGCCAUUCUCGUUUGAGACUCAGGAGACCUUCUCUGGCCCGAUGCUUACUUCAGUGAUGGGGGUGAAAGCGAGGCAAGGAGAGCGCAAGUACUGGAAGAUCCUCCAAUUCCCACACACCACUGUGGAGCAGGGUAUCGCUGAUUACAUCCCACAAGAUGACGAAUCCAUCAUCUUAAAAUUCACCCCUUGGUAGAAGGAGUCCCCGUUCUAAUGGCAUCUCCUCAGCUGGCAGCACUACCUCUGCCCCAGCCACAGGGAUGUGUGUUACGCUGCCAUCGAAGAGUGCGCUCCACAUCAUCUCUGAGGUUCCUUAAGCUUUCUCUCCCUUGCACUGUGACACCGUUCACCUUGAGCCCGAAAUGAUGUUUCUUCUGUGGACACUUAAUUCUGAUGCAACUGAUUGCUCAGACCAUGCUUGGAGUGAAAUUCAACAAGCAGUGGACAGGAGCAUCUACAGCCUGGCUUCACUAUUCUUAAUGUUGCAGUAAAGCACCACCACCACCACCACCCUAGCUGGAGCUGAGUACACAAUUCAAAAGUGUUAAAGAAGACGGUAGCCCGUUUGGUACUGCAGAAGGUCUGGGGGAAUGCUUCCUGAGCACGUGCUGAUUUGUGGGCAGCCCUAAAGUAAUGCUUUCUGAAGAGACCUCUUGGGUUGCUUAGUGCCAAAUGUGUGUGUUGUUUUUUAGUAAUAAGCGAUGAACAUCAAAUCCCAAGAAGAUAGAUUCAGGUGGUGAACCAUGUUGGUCUGAAGCCGCAGACCAAAGUUUGAGUCCAG